AUGCCGCAGUUCGUCGCACAGCAGCGGCGCGACGCGAGUCACGAGGCGGUGGACGCGCAGGCGACGACCGCGGAGCAGCUCUUGGCCGCGAGUAUGGACGCGCUGGACAUGUGCGUGCAGCGGAAAGCAGCAGCGGCGCAGUACAGUGCGCCGCUCGUUGUUAUGUCGACGCUUCUGACGCGGUGCACUGGUUUUGACAAAACAAGUGACGUGAUAGGGAACGAAGGCACGAGAGGUGAAAGUCGCAGUGUCGAGAAAUGUGUGGACAGAGCUCUACUGGUAGCAAGAGGAGGAAAGCACGUGCUGUUUCUGGUGCGGGACCCGAAAGCAGUGACGAAGAGACUGCUUUUUGCCGCAACGGGUGCAGCAGGGAACGCGAUUGAUGUGCUUGCUGAGGAACUCCUGCAUCGUAUUUCGUUUCGCCAGUGUCGUAGUGUCUAUGAGCUGCUACAAGAGCUCGAUCGUGUGGAAAGGAGUUGGCAGGAGACGCAAGGACGGGUUGAUGUGCAGUAUGUGGCGUUAGGACCGUUGUGUGAUUUCUUCUCAGGGUUCGAGACCGCUGCAGGCAUCACAGUUACGGGUGCUGGGCUCAAGCGCAUGCUGGAACUGGCUAUCAAGCGGUUGAGGGGGACGACGGGUGUCCACGUCAGUGUCAUGGCAAGUACAUAA